AUGAAAAUUUUGGUGACAGGUGGAGCUGGCUUUCUUGGAAGCCAUAUGGUUGAUUAUCUUUUAAAGCAAAGCAAUAAUCAAGAUGAAAUUUAUAUCGUGGAUAAUUUGCAAACUGGAUCCUUGGUGAAUUUGAAACACCUAAACGAUCAUAAGAAUGUUCACUUUAUCCAAGCCGAUGUAAUUAAUGCUUUGAAUGAUGAUCGUAUUAGCAAGCUUUCGGGAAUUGAACAAGUCUAUCAUAUGGCUUGCGCUGCCUCUCCUCCACACUACCAAAAGGAUCCUAUUCAUACAACAUUGACUUGUGUAGUUGGAACUUAUAACAUGCUCACGUUGGCAACACAAUGGAAUGCUCGUUUUCUAAUUACCUCUACGAGCGAGGUAUAUGGUGAUCCAGCCAUCAACCCACAAGUUGAAACCUAUUGGGGAAAUGUGAACUGUACUGGAACCAGAUCUUGCUACGAUGAAGGAAAGAGAACCGCAGAGACUCUAUGCUUUGAUUUUAAUCGAACCAAAAAGACGGACAUUCGUGUCGCAAGAAUUUUCAACACUUACGGACCUAGAAUGAAUUUGACUGAUGGUAGAAUUAUUAGUAAUUUUGUGUAUCAGGCACUGAAGGACAUUGAAAUUACAGUCUAUGGUUCAGGACAUCAAACGCGAAGCUUUUGUUAUGUGAGUGACCAAAUCGAGGGCCUCUACAAGUUGAUGAAUCAAACAAACACAAUAGGACCUGUGAACAUUGGUAAUCCUGAUGAACAUACAGUUUUGGAAAUGGCUCAAAAAAUCAGAGCACUGAUUGGUGAGACUGAAAAUAACAAGAUCGUUUUCCAUGAACUUCCACAAGAUGAUCCAAAGGUUAGAAAACCAGACAUUACCAAAGCCAAGACAUUGAUUGGUUGGGAACCAAAGGUUCAUCUCGAUGAAGGUUUGGCCUUGACCAUUGAGGACUUUUCCAGAAGAGUCAAGGAAGAGGUCGAUUUAUUGAACUUGGAAAAAUAA